CAUGGAGAAAAUCUAUCUAUGUGGUUGCUAAGAGUUGACAACAACUUGACGGCAAGUAAUCAAUCAAUCACGGUCCUUGGAAUCUCUUGCUCUGCUGGUUACUAAUAUAUGCUGGAAGGCCCCAGACUGAGGAAGGCUGCCUCACAAACUUUUCCAUAAAGUUAAUUUUUGUUGCCACUUCCUCCAACUUCGGAAUUCCCCCAAGCACCGUUCCCAGGCCUCUUAUGCAUGAGUGAGUGCUCCGCCAGGCUUCCUGCUCUCCUGGGAACCAGAGAGACCGCACGUCAGACAGGAUUCCCUCGUGCCCUUGAGCAUGCACAGAGUUCCUUCCGAACCACUGUCUAAACUGCAAGAUACGCUGAUCUUUCGCGGAGACGAAAAAGACCCCUCGCCGCUGCAGCUAUGAGGUCUGGGCGACACUGAGGGGCAACUCCCCCGAGGGCACGGAGCAGAACCGAGUGGCGGCGAUGGCCGUCGGCGGCGUCGCAUUCCUCCUCCCCAUCCCCGAGCGGGUUAGCCUGCCUUCCGGGGAAGCGCGUCCUUCCAGGCAGCUCGUGCGUCACGUGGCCCAGGUGAGGGAGGGGCCCCGGACGCGGUUCACCUGGCUGGGCAGGGUCUUCUGACAUGGAGGAAGCAGCUGCAUAGAGCCUCAGUGAUUCCAUAAGAAGGCAAAGCAGAAGGUCUCUUAGGGGUGGUGAGUCAUGCUUGGAAAGAAACAAGGGCACUGCCAAACCAUAAGCAACUACCAUCAGCCCCCUCAAGAUGUUGCAGUCCCACAGAGGAUCAGUUCUCCUAAGGCAAGCGAUAUUAGCCUGGAGGUAUUUAGCGGCUCUACCCCAGAGCUUAAACGCAUCCGCAGGCCCAGGCGGGAUAGAAGAGCCUAUAAAGUUGAUCCCAAAGAUUCCCACGGAGGGGAAGGAGAGACAAACACCUUUAUACCCAGACCUGCAGAAAGUCCCCCGCCCCCAUGCUGUCCCAGUCUUUCCCAGGCCUGGAAUACCUCCAAAGCAAUCUUCUGCUGCCUCGUAACCUGCGGGAGCUGCUUCAAGGACUGUCGAGCCAGUAUCUCAUACAACGGUACCCUGACUGAUGACGGGAAGAGCCAGGAGUGCAAUGGACGUUCACCCAGCAGUCCUGCCAACACCUCCCCCAGUGAAAAGAAUGGAAGCCGAACUGAGAAAAGCAUAAUGGGAAGCAGUUUUAGCUACCCUGAUGUGAAAUUGAAAGGGGUCCCGGUCCCGCUUUAUCCGAAUCGGGACCAUGGCUCUAUCACAGACUCUGAUUCAUGUUACAAGGAAACUUUGCCAGAAAAGAUCCCCCAACACAGCAUUGAGAAGCAGCCUGCUCCUACUAGCCACCGAAGCUCUGAGGAACAUUAUUCCUUCCAUGAGUCCGAUCUUGAGUUCGGUGAGCUGAAUAGCUCCAUGUCCAGUCGGGAGAUUGAUGGCCUAAUCUUCAGAAAACUCACCGAGCUCUUCAGCGUCCACCAGAUCGAUGAGUUGGCCAAGUGUACAUCAGACACGGUCUUCCUGGAGAAGACCAACAAGAUCUCAGACCUCAUCAACAGCAUUACUCAGGACUACAAUUUGGACGAGCAGGAUGCUGAAUGUAGGCUGGUCCGGGGCAUCAUACGCAUCAGCACGCGCAAAAGCAGGGUCCGACCCCGGGUCCCUGCCCCAAAUCUCCCAAGUUCAGGGGAGAACAUAAGCCGAGGCAACCCACUUCACAGUGGCAACGAGACUAUGCUGGCAUCUGUCCUCACUACUGAAGAAGAUUUACCUGUUCAGAUAUCGGUAGAAACUACAGCGGAUGUGCAAGCCAGAAACAUGAGGCAAGGCGCCUACAGCGCAGCAGGAUCCCCAUUGAGUAGAGGUUCUUCUUUCCAAGAUACAGAGACAGACUCCUCUGGAGCCCCCCUGCUUAAAGUAUAUUGCUGAGAAACAUGAACCUUGGGAACCCACAAAAGCAGCAAGGAUUUUAAGUCAGCCUCCCUAGCAGGUGGUGGAGACGUAGUUUAGAAGCGAAGCGAUGGGCAGUGGAAUCUGAUGCAAGCCAUCAACUGUGCCUUCCCAGGAAUACUUGAUUUCUGUUGACAUUUUCCAAGGUUGAACCUGCUGUAAACUUGCUUUAAGGUGACCAUUGGUGCUUUUUGACAAUUUCCUGGGCAAUGUUGAUCUCUGCUUGAGAUGUGAAUGCAAGUUAUGUAGCAGUUACACCUUUUUGCACAUAUCUUUUUCUUUGACCAUUCUACUCUCCCCCUACCCUUGUCAGAUAAGAACUCACAACUGAAAAAUUUCUUUUCCAGAAUAAAAGUGAUCUUCUGCCUUAUUCAUACAACAGACUGUCAAUGACUUGUCAUUCACUCUCUCAUUUGGAAUCCAGACUUGAUUGUUCUCAUGUAAUUCCCUAUCCCUUAAAAUAUGCACUCUUAAUUGUAAAUAACUCACCAGAACUCUUGAUGAUGAAAUUUUGUUGAUUUAGGAAAUUUGACAAUCCCUCCACUGAAAUCUUCAGAAACUCUUACUGUCUUUCCUGUAUUUUAUUUUAUUUUAUUUUAUUUUAUUUU